UGAUGCAGAUGGUGAUGCUGAUGCUGAUGCAAAUGCUGAUGCUGAUGAAGAUGCUGAUGCUGAUGCAGAUGCUGAUGCUGAUGCUGAUGAAGAUGCUGAUGCUGAUGCAGAUGGUGAUGCUGAUGCUGAUGCAGAUGGUGAUGCUGAUGCUGAUGCUGAUGAAGAUGCAGAUGCUGAUGCAGAUGCUGAUGCUGAUGCUGAUGAAGAUGCAGAUGCUGAUGCAGAUGCUGAUGCUGAUGCAGAUGCUGAUGCUGAUGCUGAUGCUGAUGAAGAUGCAGAUGGUGAUGCAGAUGGUGAUGCUGAUGCUGAUGCAAAUGCUGAUGCUGAUGAAGAUGCUGAUGCUGAUGCAGAUGCUGAUGCUGAUGCUGAUGAAGAUGCUGAUGCUGAUGCAGAUGGUGAUGCUGAUGCUGAUGCAGAUGGUGAUGCUGAUGCUGAUGAAGAUGCUGAUGCUUAUGCUGAAGCUGGCUGUGGCUUCAAACAGCUGGGGCUCCCCAGGCAGCUCUCUCUAUCUCUGGGUGAUCUCUCUUCAUGUGUGGUGCUGUGGGCGUGUUGAAAGCCAGGGAGAGACAACAUGGGACAGAUGCUGCUGGAGAAGGACACCUGAGCGGAGGUGCACGUGGGGCAACUGGCCCAUCUGCCUGCCGGGCCAGAGAGGUAUCCCCUUACUCACCUUGGAGGAUGAGGCCAGACUCUGAUCUCCCCACCCACCCUGGAAGAUGACGGAGGUUGAUACCACAGGAGAACAGCUCAGGCCCAUUACUGCGACCACCCAUCUAGGGCACCGUCUAGAAGUCGUUUCUGAUUAGAAGUUGACCUCAGAAGUAGGCUCGCAUCAUUCCGAAAACAUCUGACAGCACCACAGAAACCGACGCAGAAUGAGAAGGGACACGGUGGACGAAGGCCAGGACCAGGGCCUUCCCACAUGGCUCUCGGGCGUAUCACUGGCCUGAGUCAAAGUUGGGAUGCCGUCCCCCGCCAGACCCCCGAUGCCUGCGUUGACGUGGGGCCAGCUGGGAGUGAUAGUGGUGACUGUCAUCAGCGUGGUCGUCAUCACGUGACACUGGCUGAUCUUACUGGGUCCUUAUUACACCUGAAGGCCAGAAGUCCAAGAUCAAGGUGUCAGCAGGGCCACACUCCCUCCAGAUGUUCUAGCUAGGGAGGAAUCCUUCACUGCUUUUUCCGGUUCCUGGUGGCUCCAGGCGUUCCUUGGCUUGUAGCCUGAGAACCCCAACCUCUGCCCCCAUCUUUAUGUGGCCUUUUCCUCCUCUUCUAAGGACACUUGUCAUUGGAUUUAGCCCCCCACCCCGAUAAUCCAGGAUGAUCUCGAGAUCAUUAACAAUGCCAAGGACCCUUUUCCCAAAUAAGGUAACAUUCACAGGUUCCUGGUGGAUAUUUGGGUGGGGGACACCAUUCCACCUACUACAGCCAAGAAGGCCUAUUUCCCCCCAUUAAGUGGGAGCUUCCUGAGGAUGGAAACUGUGCUCGCUCCUUCCUUCCUUCCUUCCUUCCUUCCUCCCUCCCUCCCUCCUUCCCUCUCUCCCUUCCCUCCUUCCCCAAAUAUUGAGGGAACAUCUGCCGUGUUCCAGGCUCAGUGCUGGGUCCUGGGGAGACUGAAGCAAUGCAAACAGAUCCAGUUCCUGCCCUCUCGGAGCUGACUUUGCAGUGGAGGGAGGUAGACCCAACGGAAGCAGUUACACCAUUGCUUAUGGCAGGUAGAACUACAAAAGAAAGCAGGGAGGGGCAAGACCAGCAGGGUUGGGGGUGGGUCAGGGUGGACCAGCUCCAACCAGGGAGGUCAGGGAAGGCUUUGCAGAAGAUGGCACACGUAAGCUGGACCCUGGAUGCUGAGAAGGACCAGGUUGGAACCUCCCUCUCACUUCCUGGCUGUGUGAUCUUGGCCAGUUGCUUUACCCCUCUCUGCCUCAGUUUCCUCGUGUAUAAAGUGGUGAUGGCAAAAACACAGUCUCCUCGAACCAUCCUGAUGACUGAAUUUCCUUCCCAUUUAGGUCACCACAGAACACAUCAAGGGAAAUUUCUGCACAGACUUUGCCCUGGCUGGGCCCAGAGGAUAUAUCUUUUCACAUUCAGAUGUCUGCGGGGGAAAUGCUCAUUAGGAAGGAAAGUAUUUAAUGUCACGGUAACACGUGAAUGUUUCUAAAAGUGGAAGCUGACAGCUGUACCCACUUAGGGGGCACUUUGGGGUUCCAGCUGCCAGGAUUCACCCCCCUCCAGCCUGAUGGGGGAAGGAAGUUGGAUUUCGAAGGCUCAUGAUAUUCACAGGGAGAAGGCGUGCGUUUCCACGCUAGUGUUCAUGGCCAGGUUCAGGGUUUUAGACCCUCAAAACAAAUCUCCUUGAUGGGUUCUCCCUCACCCAUCUUAGGGGGUACCUGCUCCUCCUCCUCUCUCGCUGGGGGAACCAGGGUAGCCCCUGGCUGUGUUUUGAUGUAGCACCGUGACCCCAAAGAUCCGAGACUCAUGGGCGGCACCCCCCCCCCCCCCGGUGUGGCCCUGUGGUCCGCUCUGGGGGCAGGGGCAGGGGUGUGGGUACAUCUGCAUGGGGCGCACACAGUCCUGGGUUCAGAUCCUAAAUCUGCCACUUCAUGCUGUGUGGUCGUCAGCAGGGGUCCUCGUGGAUCCUCCCACCUCGCCUGAAAAACCAGGAGAGACCUGCCCUGCAGGGUGACUGUUAUUUCUGGACGUGAUUCCAGUGACCCGAUUCCUGGAACGGGCUUAGUGGGGUGCCAGGCACACCCUGACACUCACCAUCACACCACCAGCCACCCUUCCAGCUCCCACCCC